AUGAGUUUCAACCUUGAGCAUGUUCUAGGCUUCAAAGUUAAGGUCACCAACGUCCUUGAUACGGCGACUGUAGGCCGAAUUUAUUCUUACAACUCUUCGAACAAUACCAUUACUAUUCAAGAGGCGAAAAAAGGGUCCAGUCAACCGCAGCACUUCAAAAUCAUCAAACUGAGCUUUGUAAAGAGCUUAGAAGUAAUAGGUGAGAAACCGGUGAAAAAUAGCUUCAGAAAAGAUCCGAUAAGGCCCUCAGAGGUGAGCAUCGAAACCGUUCAAGAUUCACUGCAAAGAGAAAUCGAAAAAGCUCGAAAAAGUCGAAGCUGA